UGCCUCCUGUGGUUGAGACCAGCUUUGACCGCUCCUUCCUUAUACACGCUGCAGUCACAGACUGUUUAGUUUUCUUUUCCUGAAAAUGCUCUUGCUGACCAGAAAGAGCAGAAAGCCUUAACUGUGUGCCUUAGCAGUCCGCCCAAUCCCCGCGGAGGAGGGGCCCCAGGCAAGGCUGUGGGAGGUGCUUCCUUCUUCCUUGCACACUGGAGCUCAUUACAGCGGCACACGGGCACACGGGCACGCACUCUUCACCUCCUGCUCUCUGCGCUGGCCCAGGAGGACACCACCUUGCUCUGCUGGGCUGUGGACGGCAGUGAGCACUUUAGGCUCCGCAUUUCUCCUCCCCUCGUGGACACGGAGGGUCUGUCUUCCAGCAGCGACCUGUCUGCCGGGCCAGCAGGGACCCCUCGGAGGGCUACAAGACGCAGGCCCUGGAAGAGGAGGUGGAAAAGCUUUGUGGUUUGAAGCUGACAGCCUGUGGUUUCACACUGGUGUCUGUGUAAGCUGCGCUCCCCCCGACCCGCCCAGUCUCCCUCCAGAAUUCAACAGUGAAUCCAUCAGGUACAGAAUUUUCUUUGUUGACCUUCCAGAGUCCACUGCCAUGGAUGCACUCACCUCCGCCUUCCUAAAGAAUUUGACUCAAAAGAAUUUUCAGCAACUGGCUGCUGACUUCCUGCCUCAAUAUUCUGCUUUAAUUAGUAAGGCUGGAGGCAUCAUCUCUCCAGAAACACUUGAUGGAAUCCAAGCAGCCCUCAGGGAGGGGAAUCUGCAGGCUGUGGUGGACACCAUUCAAGAAGUACUGAGUGCAGCAGAAAAUGCUGCCCUGGAGGUGGCUGUGAUCGGGGAGUCCGGGACUGGCAAGUCCAGCUUCAUCAAUGCCCUGAGAGGGCUUGGUCAUGAGGAGGAGGGGGCGGCUGAAGUCGGGGUCGUGGAGACCACCAUGAAGAAAACCCCCUAUCAACACCCAAAAUAUCCCAACGUGACCUUCUGGGACCUGCCUGGAACUGGGACGCCCAAAUUCACCCCAGACACCUACUUAGAAACAGUGGGAUUUGCUAGCUUCGACUUCUUCAUCAUCAUUUCGUGCUCCCGCUUCACCCUCAAUGACGCUGUCCUGGCCCAGAAAAUCAAGGAAACAGGGAAGAAAUUCUACUUUGUUAGAAGCAAGGUGGACAAUGAUUUAUAUAAUGAACAGAAAACCAAGCCCCAGUCCUUCAAGAGGAAGAGAGUUCUUCAGCAGAUCCGAGACUACUGCCUGGCUAACCUCAGGGGCGUUGGAGUGCCUGAUCCACGCAUCUUCUUGGUCUCCAACUUUGACCUCUGUGACUUUGACUUCCCACAUCUGGAGAGGACUCUGCUGGAGGAGCUUCCUGCUCACAAGCGCCAGGUCUUCACACUCAUAUUGCCCACACUGUCGGAUGCUUCCAUUGAGCUGAAGAGAGGUUUCCUCAGGGAGAAGAUCUGGCUGGACACCCUGAAGGCAUCAACUUUGGCCUUCAUCCCCUUUGCACCCAUCCUCAAAGGCUUCGAUUUGCCUGAACAGGAAGAGUGCUUGAGGCUUUACCGAAACUAUUUCGGUUUGGAUGAUAAGUCCAUUGAAGAGAUUGCCAAGAAGCUGGGCACAUCUGUGCAGGAUAUCAAGGGCUUCACCAGGUGCUUGGAUUUCUGGUCCCUAGUGAAGGACGACAGCAUAGCAGCAAAGGCCAUGCACUGUGCUGAAAGCUUCUUUUCAGUGAACGGAGGUGCUCUAUCUGUUGCCUUCCAGUUUAUGAAAAUCUACUUUCUACGUUUGAAUUUCCUCGAUAUAGUGUCCGGAGAUGCAAAACUCCUCUUGCAUAAGACUAUAACAGCUCACAACUCAGAGAGUGAGAUAAAAGAGUCGUGCCUGGCCUAACAGACUUGGAAUUGGACCUCAGGUCUCGUGUGGUCAGGGAUGGUGGUUUUCCUGCCCGUCCCGGGUCAGUGCCCCUAAGGCAGAAGAAAUGUCUGUCCCGUGGAGGAAAGCCAUAGCUCCCAUGGUACCUCACUGCUGUGCACAAGUGACUUGGCCAUAACCUGUUGUCUCCAGUUAUUGAUCUAUUUUGAUUGAAUCCUGACACUAACAUAGUAUCUAUCAGCUUUCACAUGUCAAGGGAUAGCCUGCUAAUUUCCAUUAUUUCUUCUGCUAAUAAACAUUGUAUAAUAAUCACAA